AUGACCACGCCACCAUUCAUUGUUGACCGGCUGUGGCAUUCGCUCUGUCCCACAUAUGCGCGCCUCUCCCUUGGCUUCCGACGUGCCCUCCUGAACAAGCCGACUCGCCGCCCAAGCGUUCUCUACUCGAAAAGCGCUCCCUCGCCGGCGCAAUGUGCCCGACAUUCGAGCACCGCAGGGCCACCACUGCGAUUGGUUUCGCCCGGAGCCCAGCCCUUCCUAGGAAUGAGGAAGAAACGCGCAUAUGAAGAGAGACUGGUUUCGGCUUCGGAUGAUGAACUUGAUAACAUCGAGACGGCGCAACUCUACACCCGCCUGCGUCGAUGUGCAGCGGAUGGAAACGUGGAGGCGGCCGACCGCCUGAUUUUUUACCUCCUAACGAAGAGGGGAGAAACGCCGAACGUGGCUCUUUACGCUGCAGCCAUCCUGUCAAACGUAUCGGCGGAAAACGGUUCCGCGGCGAGAGCUUCUGCGCUGCUGAGGGAACUGGGAGAGGAAGGACUAGAGCCGACAGCUGAAAUAUGUCACAACAUGCUCAAGGUCCUCGCCGCUCAUCCGGACUACCUUCUUACAGACGCCAUUACCGAGUACAUGCGCCAGAGAUGGCUCAACAUUUCGGCCGCCGGCCGCCACGACGUGGUUGUGGGUCUUCUUCGGGGGGGUCAGUUUGAGAUGGCGCUGAGGAGCAUGGAUAAUAUGGUUUCUGAAGGCAUCCGCAUUGAGAGCUGGCUAUACGACAUGGCAAUCUACAUGCUAUGUGACGUUGAAGAGGUCGAUGAAGCACUCCGGAUUGUGCAGCAAAGAGUCGAGUCUGGCGAGCACGGAAUUUCGAAGACACUGUGGUCCAGCUUACUUGAUGCUGCUAGCAACACGUACAAUUUUGCGGCAAUAGACUACAUCUGGAGACGUCAAGUUGGCCCAGGUUAUCUCAACCCUCCAUCCGGCACCUGUUUCAAUAUUCUUGGUGUUGCAGCGCGAGUCGGGGACGGCGACCUGGCAACAGAUGUUUUCCGUGUGUUGAGCCAGCGGAAAGAGGUGUUUACACAGCAGCACUAUGAAAUGCUCGUGGACACAUACAUCCAAGUUGACGACAUGCGGACGGCCCUUUCGGUACUAUGCAUCAUGCAGGCCAGUGGGACGCCGCCGGAUGACUACUCAACAAGGAAGCUUGUUCGGUGGACGUGCGCGCAUGCCGAACGCCCACUGCAACUGUUCGAACAGCUGCUGAAGCUAAAGGACGAGGGCUACAAGGCUCCUCUCGCAGCAGUCAACGCGUUGAUCGAAGCAGCAGUCAGCCGCGACGACUUGGAUACAGCGAUCGACAUAUACAAGGCUCUGCACACAGUAUGCGAGGAUGGCCCGUCAACGGCAACUUUCAACAUCCUGUUUCGAGGAUGCCCUAAGCGCAAGGACCUCGCCAUGUUCCUGGCGGCGGAGAUGGUGGAGAGAAAGGUGGAACCGGAUGCGCUGACGUAUGACCGCCUCUUGCUCAUCUGUCUGAUGGAGCAAGACAAGUACGACGAUGCGUUCCGAUACUACGAGGAGAUGCGAAGCCGCGGAUGGGUACCUCGGGCCGGCACAUUCCUCGCAAUGGCGCGGCGGUGCGCGCGGGCGCAAGACGCACGUGCGUGGGAGGUUGUGGAAGAGAUGAAAGAGUGCGGAGUGGACCCUCAGAACGUCAGGUUUGUGAGAGAGUGGUUGGACGCCAAUUGGGGCAAGGCGUCAGAGCAGGACACGGAGCUCACGCGAUAG